UUUCUUACACAGAAGGAGAAGUAUAACUCAGCAAUGGCAAGAACCAAGCAGACCGCUCGUAAAUCCACCGGUGGUAAAGCCCCGAGGAAGCAGCUCGCUACUAAAGCCGCCCGGAAGAGCGCCCCAGCCACCGGCGGCGUCAAGAAGCCCCACCGUUACAGGCCCGGGACAGUGGCUCUCCGAGAGAUCCGCCGCUAUCAGAAGUCCACCGAGCUGCUGAUCCGCAAACUGCCUUUCCAGCGUCUGGUGCGAGAGAUCGCUCAGGAUUUCAAGACGGACCUGCGCUUCCAGAGCUCCGCUGUCAUGGCCCUGCAGGAGUCCAGCGAGGCUUAUCUGGUCGGUCUGUUCGAGGACACCAACCUGUGCGCCAUCCACGCCAAGAGAGUCACCAUCAUGCCCAAAGACAUCCAGCUGGCCCGCCGCAUCCGCGGAGAGCGCGCUUAAACCCGCCGCUGCAUCAGCCGCGUCACACCCCAAAGGCUCUUUUAAGAGCCAC